AUGAAACAGGAGCAAUCCCACGAAGACAACUCAUACGCCACGGAGUUCAUAAACCUCUUUGGCAAAGGUACCGGGACACACGUCAGUAGCAACGAUAGUGGUAAUAAUGGUAUGGGAAGCGUAAAUACAUUGGAACAGUUUGUAGCAACAGGCACAUCAUCAUCGUCACUGGCAGCUAACACCGAGAACAGACGUCCCUUAGUAGGUGAUGUCACCACUAGAGGUCACACCAAUUUAUAUGACCAUGCUGUCACGCCAGAAAUACUCCUGGAGCAGUUGGCCUACGUCGAUAAUUUCAUACCAUCAUUGGAUAACGAGUUCUCUAAUGUUGACUGGAACGUGAACACCACUCACAAUAAUAUUAGCAAUAACGGUACAAACACCUUCAGCAGUAUAAAUGCAAACCCUUUUGACUUGGAUGAACAACUAGCGAUUGAGUUAAGCGCCUUUGCCGAUGACUCGUUUAUCUUUCCAGACGAAGAUAAACCUGACAACAACAACAAUAAUAAUACUAAUGACAAUAAUAACAACGAUAAUAACAACAAUAAUAACGGAGAUGACGUAUUUCACGAGGACCCUACUAACAAUAAUAGGCAGAGAAAUCCUCAUUUCUUAACACAAAGAAGGAACACCUUUUUAACUUCUCAGUACGAUCAAUCAAAAUCUAGAUUUUCUUCCAGAAACAAAAGAAAUGGUAACGGCGGUGAAACUAACAAUCAUGAUAACAAUAGGCAGGUCAAUCACGAUUUUGAGCCGAACCUCAUAGCAGGUCCUCCUCAUUUCCCUUUGAGCACGACCAAUAUGACAUCAAUGGACCAUGGUGCCUUCACAAACGUUGAAAUCACCUCAACUGAGAAUAUCACUUCUAACAACGAUGUGGAUGCGCUAUCACACUUGCUUCAUAAAACGACACAUGCACCUAAUCGCUCGUCUCCCUUAAAUAAUGUUACUUCUGUCCAAAACACAUCUCAUUUACAAGAACAACAAUCAGAUAGUAAAGUAAAGAAUAGCGACAACAACAACAACAACACCUUAAACGAAGCCCCUAAUAUAACUGUACCUGACUACUCGGUUAUUCCGACAUCUGUUUUGGUGACACUAUUACCAAGAGUUGAUGUGCCUAAGGGCGCUUUUAACUCGUUGACUACUGCGGGAUUUGAUAAUGACCAAAUUGAUGCUAUUGCAGCAAUAAUGGCUUAUCACCAUCAAAAAAAAAUAAGGAAUAAUAACAAUAUUAACAAUAACGUCAAUACUAGUACCAGCCAAGAAACACCGAUUCUUAAGAACAUCAAUGAACUUUUAAAUGUCCUAAUACCAUCAUCUUCGGCAUCAGCAGAUAUAGCUGCACCAACUACCUUAUCCACUUCACCUUCUUCGUCCAGUGAGCACGGCGUAGUAGCAGAGGCCUCUUUCCUAAGCUCUAUUUUGGAACUGGGCGUAAAUCAUUCGAAAAGUGAUAAUAUUCACAAUGAACGACAACCUUCACGAAACAAUAAUAAAAGUUCAAGAGAAGAGAACGGUGGAAAUGUCAAUGACAAUGUCAAUGACAAUAACGUUGUCAUUAAGUUAAGUAAUAGAACGCAUAGCAAUGAAAUAACCAAAAUACGAUCCGAAUCAACUUUAGACAUAGGCUCAUCCACUUACAACGAAAAUAGUUUGAAAAGAUCACAUUCUAGCGACUUGAAAGAUAAAGAAAUACCUGUAGAGCGCAAGUAUUCUGAUAAUGAAGACAUAGACUAUGAUGAUACAGAUUUACACAACUAUGAGAAAAAGCAACUGAUCAAAAAGGAGUUAGGAGACGAUAAUGAGGAUCUAUUGAUACAAUCCAAGAAAUCUCAUCAGAAGAAGAAAAUAAAGGAGAAGGAACUGGAGUCAUCAAUACAUGAGCUGACUGAAAUUGCGGCAUCUUUACAAAAACGGAUACACACAUUAGAGACUGAAAACAAGCUUCUAAAAAAUUUGGUUCUAAGUAGUGGUGAAACCGAAGGUAUCAAGAAAGCUGAAAGCUUAAAGAAGCAAAUCUUGGAAAAGGUGCAGAAAGAAUAA